AUGUCAGUGCGUCUUAUGGAGCGAAUAUGGAGCGGCCGGUCCGGUAUUUCCACCGCGGCCGUGUCAGAAUACCGGGCCGGCCGCUCAGCUCUGCAGUGGGACAUUCUGUUCCUCUAUCCAGCGGCACGCUGUCUUCGGCUUCUGUAGUGUGGGCACUGGGCAUGACAGCCGGGUGCCAAGUGCGCAUGCGCAAGAAGCGGUGCUUUUUGUGAAUGGUAAGGCGGUACUUGGGACACAUGACAGAUCCCAGAAGCCGCCGGACCAAUCACACAGCGCAAGU